CGGAGCCGCUAUUCCCCGCGCUGGUCGCCGCGGCGCAGAAGCUAGCCGCGAAAUGCGGCCCGUGGAGGGUGACGGGGCCGCCGAGGAGCCGGAGCCCGGGCUGCCUUUGACGGACGCCGCGCCGCAGGGCGCGAGUGAGGAGCCGGCGGCGGCCGAGGAAGCGGGGACACCCGGCCCCUGUAGGUGCUGGGUGUGCGGCAACUCGCCGUGCGGCUCGGUUGCGUCGCAGGAAGCCGAGAAGAAAGCACCCUGUCCUGGACUUGGCUUGUUUUAUACAUUAUUGUCUGCCUUCCUUUUCUCAGUGGGCUCUUUAUUUGUUAAAAAAGUACAAGACGUCCAUGCUGUGGAAAUUAGUGCAUUCCGAUGUGUGUUCCAAAUGCUAGUCGUUAUUCCUUGCUUAAUAUACAGAAAAACCGGGUUCUUAGGGCCCAAAGGUCAACGCAUUUUCCUCUUCCUCAGAGGAGGCCUGGGCUCCACCGCCAUGAUCCUUUUGUACUACGCUUACCAGGCGACAUCCUUGGCCGACGCCACUGUCAUCACGUUUAGCGCGCCAGUGUUUACGUCCAUAUUUGCUUGUAUAUUUCUCAAGGAGAAGUACAGCCCCUGGGAUGCCCUCUUCACCGUGUUCACGAUCACCGGCGUGAUCCUCAUCGUGAGGCCCCCAUUUCUGUUCGGAGCCAGCGCUGCAGGCACGGAAGAGAGCUACUCCGUUCACCUAAAGGGCACGUUCGCCGCGGUAGCGCACGCCAUCCUCGCCGCCGUGACCAUGGUCAUCAUCAGAAAAAUGGGGAAGUCCGUGGACUACUUUCUGAGCAUUUGGUAUUACGUCGUACUCGGCCUGCUAGAGUGCGUCACCGCCCUCUUCAUCCUGGGGGAGUGGAGUCUGCCGUACUGCGGGCUGGACAGGCUGUUUCUCAUCCUCAUCGGCCUGUUUGGUUUGGGGGGUCAGGUGUUUCUCACAAAAGCCCUCCAAAUAGAAAAAGCAGGCCCAGUGGCAUUAAUGAGGACUUUGGACGUGGUCUUUGCUUUCAUCUUCCAGAUUAUUUUCUUUCAUGAUGUGCCCACGUGGUGGACGGUGGGCGGGGCCCUGUGCGUCGUAGCCAGUAGUACCGGCGCGGCCAUUCGGAAAUGGUGCCAGAGCUCCAAAUGAGGCAUGUCGUAGAAGCGCGUCCUUGGUUUCUGCGUGCACCGUCCCCUAGUGCGGACACACCAAGCACGCACACACCUGGAACGUCUGCGUUCCUUCACUGAUUAUAUUUAAUAAAUUUUGUAAUUAAAGUACCAUUUUUGAAUAUGGUAUGUCUUUAGCCAAGAGUUAGCCAGCUGUAGUGUGGUCUGGAAAUUACUUUUUUCUCAGUUAUGUUUUGGUUUUGGUUUGGUUUCUUUAUUGCUGUUGUUUGGGUGGUGACAGUAAGAGGACAGGUCAUUAGUUGAAGAAAAACUGCAAAAUGUUUUAUGACUCUGGUAUAAAUAUAAUUUUUUAAAGUGUAUCUUUGGUACUGAUGGGAUGGAAAUUUUAGAUGCUCUUUCAGCAGUGUAGAGGCUAAGAAACUUGUUGAUAAUAAUGCUGCUAUAAUUAGUAUUUAUCGGUAAUUGAUUUGAAACCUGAUUCCAUUUAGGAGGCCAAAGCUGAAACUUGGAAAAGGUGCCUACUUAAUGGUGUUAAUAAUACAAAUGAAUUAGCCUUAUUUUCAAGGCUUUUAUACAUGAUUAUUAUUCUUUUAAUACACAUGAGUGCCUUUUCAUUUUGAUGACAGAAUUUUUAUAUGUAAAAAGUUGUUAAUCACCAGUCUUGGCUAGAAGUUUUCUGUCUCAGUGGCAUUCACUACUAUCAUGAAUUGUCCUCUGUUUUUUUUUUUUUUGUCUUUUGUUUUUUGUUUUUGUUUUUUUUUGAAACUGCACUACAUUUUUCUUAACUUUCUGAGAUUUCAGGUCUUUAAACCACAAGAGAGAAAUCUUGGCAUAACCAGUGUGCACAUUUCCAUCCUGAAGUAUUUUCCCCUCACUAGAAAUGUGAUUUUCUAUAAAUUCCCUUUGAAUUUAUAGUGUGAUGCCAAAUAACAAUUUUCUCAGGAUUUUUUUAGGUUGAACCAUAUGAAAUUGCCAAGAUUUUACCUUUUUAAUUUACAAAAACCAUAGUUCAUUGUGGUUCACCCUAAUAGAUACCUCCCUUACCCUCUCUGCACCAAAUAUUUAGAGGACUUUGGCAUAUAUUUUUUAAAACACCUUUUUAAAUACAGUAAUCCUAUUAAACUUAUUUUUAUAGUCUUUUCCCCUUAUGGAAUUAUAUGUAAUGAUGCUUCAUGUAAAGACCUGUGAAUCCAUGGUUGGUUGACUUCUGUAGUGUCUUGAAUAAAAAAAAAAAAAUCACUGUUAAAUUCUAGUAUAUCAGUAUGGUACUAAAUGUCAGUGCUGCACCAUGAUACUAACAUCGUGAAUUCAAGCAUUUUAUAUCUGGAACUUCAUCAGGCCAAUACUCUGCAGUUAGAGAAUGUAAUAUUUAGGGAAGCUUGGCAGGUAGGGAGUACAUGGGAAUGAUUCUUUAUCACAAUGAAUCCUUUAUGGGUGAGGCUAUAAUGGUCUCCAACUCUUACUGUCCAACCUAGCAUCUGUUACUAUCUUAAGCCUACAGAUUUGAAAGAUUAUAGGCUCUUUCUCUCCCCUUUAUCACAGUUCUUCCAAAGAAAGAAGGAACUUGGCUUCUGAGAUUUAUGCCUUGGUGAGAAAGGAUCUUUUCCAAUAGUUCCAAGAGGGAAUUUUUGGCUUGCUGAUCUUCCUAAAUGCUUUCCACCUGACAAAUUCUAAAUGAAGUCUACUUUGGGGAGUCACACUAUCAUUAUAACUUUAACCUCAUUGACAUUGUUGGAAUGUAGAGUUGCAGGAGCAUCAUUUUGCAAAUAUCUUAGAUAGUCACAGAAUCAGAGCAUUUUAGAACUCAAAGGUUAGAAAGAAAUCCUCUUGUAGGAAGAGCCAUGCUGCACAGGUAAGGGGGAGGAUCUGUCUGAGAUUGUUUCCAUGGCCUUCUCCCUUAUUUCCAUGAUAAAGUGUGGAAAGUAAACCACUGCUUAAGCUACCUAAGGUAAAUUAACUCAGGGAACCCUCUCUUGGUUCUUUACCUUGCACAAUAAAAGAACCUAUGGGACUUAGAGAGUUAAAUCCCUUUGGACCUGUACGCUAGAGGCGUGUUUUAUUUCAACAGUGUGGUUUAAGCACUUGAAUGUCACAAUAUAUGACCAAGGUUGGAGAACAUGUUUCUUCUCUCAACUUUUACAGGGUGUCAUUCUUAAAACACUUUUAUAAUGUCCAAGGUAUAUACAAGGAUAUAUAUUAUAGCAAUUAUGGGUGUGUAUAUUUUGCAAAGACUGUAGUUUCUAUAUCCUGAAUAUAUUUUCAUAAAUUGUUUUUAUUUUAUAAAUACUAAUAAAGUUAAUACGAACGAAGGCUA